UUGAAGUAGUAAGUCAUAAAAGGCUGUGCAUGCUGCAUACUUCUCCGCCGGCUGGGAAAUACCUCGCAACAACAAGUUAUGAUGAUAACGUUGGAAUAUUGAGUGGAGUCAACUUUGAGGACACUUCCAUGAUACACCAUAAUAAUCAGACAGGCAGAUGGUUAUCAUCUUUCAGAGCGGCAUGGGGCUGGGACGAUUCAUAUGUCUUCAUCGGCAACAUGAGAAGAGGAGUCGAUGUAAUUUCUCCAGCUCUAAGAAUAACAAUAAAGACUUUAGAGAGCCCACAUAUGUCUGCAAUUCCUUAUAGAUUUCAUGCACACCCUUAUGAAGUUGGGAUGCUGGCAGGAGCCACAAGUGGAGGACAGGUUUAUGUGUGGACAUCAAGCCAGGAAUCUGCAGAAGAGCAAUAAUAUUGUUGCUAAAUGACACGCAAAUGUUUUUGUUACCCAAUUGAGAAGACACUCAUGGCUUGCAGGAUUUACUUUUAGUUGUCAAACUGGAUUAUCCUUACGGUUUUGAAACUGCUCUAUGAGGGAAAGUAUAUUACUAGUUUUAGUGAACUUUCAUAUAAUCUGUAAAUUUACAGUAAGAUCGAGUUAAUUUUUGAUGUAGCAAUUAAAUCGCAUCCCAUGUUAUCAUCAAGGUAUUGUUUACACUUUACAACUCUAAAUUUUCACAAUAAAACGGAGUUGAUUUUUGAUGUCUCU